UAGCUUUGGUCUCCCAAAUUCGCACACGUUUUUAUGAUUUGAGUAGGUAUAAAUAAUAAUUUAAUAAUUAAUAAUUAAUAAUUUAUUAACUGUGAGAACGAAUUAAAAUACUAUCUAGCAACCGUGAGUCGUGACUGUUAGACAUUUAUGAUUUAGACGGCCUGCAGCUAUUCUCAUUUAUCUGAUUACUGUUACUGCUUAGUUCAUUGUUAUAUGCAAUUUAUUAUGUUAGCAAUUGUGUAAAAACAGUAAAAGGCUAAUUAAUUGCUAAUAAAAAUUUACACUUUCUAUUAGCUUUAUCCACAAAGAUUAAAUUUAAAAAAUGAUGUUUACAUUCUGAGUACAUGAUUUCAUUGACAUGGUUAAAUGUUACCUUCCAAAUAAUGAAAAUUGCAAACAAGCGGCAAGCUUUGGAAUUGAGUACCUAUCAUUUAUCAAGAUCGUCAAAAACAAUGUUAUAUUAACAGAUUAAUGUCUCAAUUUUUGGAAACACUUAAAUAAUUUAACAAUUAACAAAGCUCCAUUAAUAAUUAGAUAUUUACAAAUUAUUAUAAAAAUAAUACGCGUUCUAUUGAGGUUGAUUAAAUCAUAAGAUUAGUGUUUUGCUGACAUAAUUGUAGGUAUUAUUCUAACUAAGUCAACAACUUAAUUUGUUUUACUUUGGUCUAUUUUCAUUAAAUUUUAAUACAUUUUUUUUGAUAACUGUUUUUAAAAAUAUGACAGAAAAUACCUAUCUUCAAUAUUUAAAAAAAUUUGUAUUUUUGAAACAAAAAAUUUGAAUUUUAUGCCAUUCAAUUGGAUAUUCCAUACUUUUACUGUAAAAACAUAUUUAAAUAUAUUUUUUUGCCACAGAAAUACAAGGAAGAUAUGGGACUUUUGGAACAUACUGUAUAGACAAUAAAGAAACGAUAGUCUUUGAUUAAGGAGCAUAAUUACAAUGUUGUUAAUGAGAACGUUUCGAUCAUGUUAUUUGUGUCAUUGUUCAAAAAUGAUCACAUCUAAAAAUAUGUCUGUUGCAGUAAAUGAACUGAAUGUCGUACCAGAACACUUAUGUAACUUGGCUAAGCAGUUAAAUGUAAAAAGUUCAAUAUUAUCCAAAGUUAUAAACAACCAUCAAGAGAAAUUAAAAUUUUACUCUGAAUCAAGGUGGCUAGUACUAUUUGAAUAUUUAACCCAGUAUGACUUUAAAACAUCUGAGCUUCUAGAAAUGAUAGAUUCAAAUCCAGAUAUAUUAAGUAUAAAUAGACAAAACUUACAGAGAUGCAUGAUUGCAUGGACUAACUUUCGCUUUGAAGACAAAAAAUUAAGACAACUAAUAAUUUCACAACCUUCUUGUUUGUUGCUGGACGAUAAGCUAAUUCUAUCCAGAAUUCCUAAACUUUUAUCAUAUGUUGGUAAUAAACAAAAUAGGUUAUUAGAAUUGAUAUCAUAUUCGCCAAAUAUUUUGUUUGACAAUUGGAAAUAUAUUGAGUCUAAAUUAGAUUAUAUAUUGUUGAACAUGGAACUUGGUCCUACUCAAUUUGUAACAACGAGUGUUUUGUCCUCAACACUUUUUGAUUUAAAGUGUAGACAUACUUUUUUGGUAAAACUAGGUAUGUACAAACCUCGAGAUCCAAAGGCUAGUCCAAAUCUAAUAACUGGUAAUCCUUCAUUGAAAGCAAUCAUUGAAACAAGUGAUAAGCAGUUUGCUGUUAAAGUUGCUGGAGUUACAGCUGAAGAAUUCUUUGUUUAUAAAAAAAUAUUUAAAAAACAAUUAGAUGAAGAGAAUGAUGAUGAUUCAGAUGAAUGUGAAUAUUAUAGUGAUGAUAAUUGAUUUUUAUUUGCGAUGUAUAGUUUGUAGAAGACAUUGUUAAUAGCGUGUAUAAGCUAUAAAUAUACUAAGAUACAUAUUUAAACAACUGUAAAAAUCAUUUUAAAUUAUGUAAAAAAAAUUUUUAUUUAAUCAAUUGCAUGUAUUUUUUAUGUUGUAAAAUUUGAUUAAUUUUACUAAUCAUUCAACAACUUGGACAUUAAAGCCACAUUUAUUAUUUACA